AUGGAUGGGACAAACGGAUCAUCCAAGGCAAUACAGUUUAUCCCUCAACCUCGGCCAAAGAGAUGUGCAACCCACCAUUAUAUUGCUUGCAAUGUUCGCUUGCUCCAGCAAUUAACAAAGACGAACCAUUUAUGGCCAGCAGCAACUGGCUCUGCUUCUCUAUGUGGAAACAAACCCAAGAACCUCAAUGCAAUGCCUUCUGCAGAAAACAUGAUUAUUGGGAACCCAUUGCAAAGGAGCUUUCCAGUUGUCAAUCUAAAUCCUACCCAGGACAAAGCACAGGCUGUGGCAACAGUUUUUACUCGAAAGGACAGAAGCUCUGAGAGUGCCACCUUGAUAGAUACAGCACAGAAGAAGCAGCUCGUGCUUCACCAGCCUCCACAGCCAGCCCCGGCUGGUAAUUUAAUGCAUGGCCCUGCUUUCAUCUUCCCUCUCAAUCAGCAUCAAGCGUCCACAGCCGCAACGACAAGUCAAACUGGACCUUCCAAAUCUGCUUCCUCAAUCAACAAUGCAUCAUUGUCUGGCAAUGCGAUAUCUGGAGUAACAACAAACUCUUCAGCGUUGCCUGCAAUGGCUACAGCUGUGAGCUUUAGUUACCCUAAUUUGGCAGCCAAUGAAACUCCAUACUUGACAAUUAUACCAAACAAUGGUUAUCCAUUCCCUAUCUCCACUCCUGUUGGAAACGCACCAACAUUUAGAGGGGGAACCCCUGCUCAUGCAUUGUCUUUCUUUAAUGGGUCGUUCUACUCAUCUCAGAUGUUACAUCCAUCCCAGCUUCAGCAGCAACAAUCUCAAGCUGUAGUCCAACCAGGACAUCAGAAUGCAAGUACUUCAAGUGGCUCAUCAUCAUCUCACAAGCAACCCCAAAUCCAGCAACAACGAGGGGCACAUGUUAGCAGCAAUAAUUUUUUGACCUCGACAAUGAUGCAGUCACAGCAUCAUGUGCCAUCCCAUCACUCUCGGAAGCUUGACGCUGAGAUGAGUGGAGAGAGCACCCCAAUAAUUGCUGAUACCCGAGCCUCUAACAAAAUAAGUGUUCGUGGCCCGAAUUUUAUGGUUCCUCUUCAGCCAAACUUUGGUUUAAUGGCUUCGACAACUGUUGGUGGCAAUGGAAAUCAUGGUGAGAAGCAGCAGCAGCAACAUCAGCUGUCACAAGAAAAGAACUUAAAGGGUGGAGUAGAGCUUGUCCCCUCUCAAGCAUUUGCAAUGUCAUUUGCCUCUUUCAAUGGAAGCAAGACAGUAUCAAAUCUUAAUUUCUCAGCUAUGGCACAAAAUCCUCCCAUCUUACAAAGCUUCCCAGACAUGACACGACAGGGGUACCAGGUUGUAUCAGCUGCUCAAGCCACACAAAAGAAGAAUCACCAGCUGUCUGAAGGGAAGACUGGAAGCAGUUCAACCAAUGCUGACGAUGGAAAAAAACCUACAUUGGGAAGGUCAUCUACAGGUGUUGGGCAGACCCUUAUUUUUGAUAAUUCAGCCAGAACUCUCAACUUUGUGUCGUCACCUUUCGCUGGAAACUGGCCUUCUAAUUCUAUCACCACAACCACAAGCAUUCCAAAGGCUGCUAAUUCAAGCUCAACUUCUCAGCCACAACAGCUAGUUCAGCAUCAGAAGCAACAUGUUUUGCACCAACAGCUGCAGCAGCCUAUUGGUGCAGCUGAAAGUAAAGCACUAACAUCUAGCAGCCUGCCUUCGCCUUCCAUUGGUGCCAAAUUUUCAAAUAAUGCUCCCAUUUAUUCUCAAACUCAAGCUCGGGGCAAUUGUUCUCCUCAAAAUCCCCAGUGGAAGAACUCGUCCAGAACUCCUUCCUCACAGUCCCCACUUACAUCUCUCUCCACAUCCAACACAGUUCAUAAGAAUGCUUCCCAGCAAGGAAGAGCACCACAAGGCCAUAGCCAAAUAUCAUUUGGGCCAAAUUCCAAGUCUGCUUUGCCACCACAAGGGCAACAAAUAUCCUCUAGUAACCAGUCUCCAUCUAGUGGUGGCAACUCCAGAACAACUUCAACGAAGGCCAAGGCUAAUUCAUCAGUUCCUGUCAUACAGUCACAGCAGAGCGACAACUCCUCAAGUGGGAAUGCCCAGAAGUCCCCAGUUUGUGGUAGGAAUGUGCCUUCAAUCUUGAGCGCAUGUCCCAGCCACCUUUCUGAAUUGAAGUACUAG